AGUUCAAAUCCCUCUCCCUUAUUCCUUAAAAAACAUCCAAAUAAAGUAAUUAAAUUACUCUCUCUCCCUCUACUCUACUCCCCCUCCUUCCCUCAACAUCCAAACAUAGCAUAAGGGAAUGCCCCUUUGGAAAGGAAGGGUAUUACGGAGGCAUGGGGAUGUGUUUGAGCGUACAUCUAGAGGAUACUAUCAUGCACAUGGUCGUGCAGAUGAUACAAUGAGUCUUGGAGGUAUCAAGGUGAGUUCUGUUGGAAUUGAACGCAUAUGUAAUGCAGCCGAUAACAGUGUCCUUGAGACAGCUGCCAUUGGGGUGCCUCCUUCUGGAGGAGGGCCUGAGCAGUUGGUAAUUGCUGUUGUAUUCAAGGAUUCAGAAAACAGGAUGGCUGACUUAAAUCAGUUGAGGACAUCUUUCAACUCAGCAGUGCAGAAAAAACUAAAUCCUUUAUUCAGGGUUUCUCAAGUUGUGCCUCUCUCCUCUCUUCCAAGGACAGCACCAAAUAUGGUUAUGAGAAGGGUUUUGAGGCAGCAACUUACUCAAGGUGCCCGAAAUCCUAAGUUAUGAAGGAUGGAUAUAUGUAAUUCUUGAUGAAUUCACUUUGUCUGUUAUAUUCAGGCUCUGUUAAAGUGUAAAAUAGCAAUGUACAAGGAUCUCUAUCCCACGAAAUAUGAACAAAAAAAUAAACUAGAUUGAAAGAAUAAUGUAAAAGGAGAGCUUAUAUAUU